AUGAAUUCUGAUUCGAGUUCUGUCUCCAGCAGAGCGUCAUCUCCGGACAUGGAUGAAAUGUACCUAAGAGACCACCACCACCGCCACCACCACCACCACCAGGAGAGCCGCCUUAACUCGGUCUCAUCCACACAGGGCGACAUGGUGCAGAAGAUGCCUGGGGAAAGCCUCUCGCGGGCAGGCGCCAAGGCUGCAGGAGAAAGCAGCAAGUACAAAAUCAAGAAACAGCUGUCGGAGCAGGAUCUUCAACAGUUGCGGCUGAAGAUCAACGGACGCGAACGCAAGAGGAUGCACGACCUGAACCUCGCCAUGGAUGGUCUGCGCGAGGUCAUGCCCUAUGCGCACGGGCCCUCGGUGCGCAAGCUCUCCAAGAUCGCCACACUGCUGCUAGCCAGAAACUACAUCCUCAUGCUCACCAGCUCCCUGGAGGAGAUGAAGAGGUUGGUUGGCGAGAUCUACGGGGGACACCACUCGGCCUUCCACUGUGGAACUGUGGGGCAUUCGGCCGGCCACCCGGCACACGCGACCAACGCCGUGCACCCGGUGCACCCUAUCCUGGGCGGCGCGCUCUCCUCUGGCAAUGGCUCGUCCCCGCUGUCCGCCGCCUCCCUGCCGACCAUUGGCACCAUCCGACCUCCGCACUCACUCCUCAAGGCGCCCUCUACGCCGCCCGCACUACAGCUGGGCAGCGGCUUCCAGCACUGGGCGGGGCUGCCCUGUCCCUGCACCAUCUGCCAGAUGCCGCCGCCACCGCACCUGUCCGCUCUCUCCACCGCCAACAUGGCCCGGCUUUCGGCCGAAUCCAAGGACUUGCUCAAGUGA